UGGAGGAGGCUGUCCGCACCCUCCAGGACCGCAUCGACCGGAUAGAGCAGGAGCUGCCAGCCCGCACCAAUGGCUCAGCACCCACUGCCCCGGCAUUUGCUCGCGAUGCCCUCCACACCAAGAUGGAGCAGCUGGAGGAACAGCUCCUCUCCAAGAUCCUGACCCUGCAGAAGGAGCGCCAGGCCGCAAACACUGACCACAGCCAGCAGCAGCACAACAUCGAGAAGGAGCUGAACUCCCUCCAGAACCGGGUGACGGAGCUGGAGCACGGACCGCUGGGUUACAGCCCUCCUGAUGCCUUCAAGGUGACCAUCCCGGUGCAGAACAACUACAUGUAUGCCCGCAUGAAGAAGAGCCUGCCGGAGCUCUACGCCUUCACCAUCUGCAUGUGGCUGAAGUCCAAGGCCCUGGCAGGGCUCGGCACCCCUUUCUCCUACUCUGUCCCAAGCCAAGCCAAUGAGAUUGUGCUGUUGGAGUGGGGCACUAACCCCCUGGAGCUGCUCAUCAAUGACAAGGUUGCCCAGCUGCCGCUGAGCCUGAAGGACAAGGCCUGGCACCACAUCUGCGUGGCGUGGACCACCCGGGAUGGCAAGUGGUCGGCAUACCAGGAUGGUGAACAGCGGGGCACCGGCGAGAACCUGGCCUCCUGGCAUGCCAUCAAGCCCCAGGGUGUCAUCAUCCUGGGCCAGGAGCAGGACACUCUGGGGGGCCGCUUUGAUGCCACGCAGGCUUUCGUGGGGGAGCUGGCGCAGUUCAGCGUGUGGGACCACAUGCUGGCACCAGUGGAGAUCCUGGGCUUGGCCAACUGCACCUCUCACCUCCAAGGGAAUGUGAUUCAGUGGGACGACCAGGCAGUGGAAGUCUUUGGAGGUGCCAGCAAGGCAGGCUUUGCUGCGUGUGAGGAAGGGAAGAAGGCAUGAGUGGCGCCGAGCCCUCUCCCCAGCACCGAGGAACCCAGUGGCAGCCACAAAGCAGGGAGCCCCUUUCUCCCCUCCCAGACCAGUAAGCCUUGUCAGGGUGAUGCUUGAGCCCCCACACUGGUGUCCCAGGAGGGAGAGGGGACCCUGCAAGCCUCCCUGUUACCCCUGUGCUGGUGGUGUGGCUUGUCCCCACCCCUGGCACAAGCCUGCUCCUGGGUCUCAUCUUGCCCUGCUUCUGUUUUGAGUGGAUAUUGCUGUACCUGCAGGUGUCCCUGGUACAGCGAGGGUCCUCACCUUGUCAGCCCCAACAGGGAAUGGGAAGGAGAACUCUGUCUAUCCCAAGUGCAGUCCAGCCGCAGUGGGAUGCCAGGGUGCAGGCACUCCCUGAAUAUAUCCCCUUUCCUUAUUUAUUUCUAGCAACCCCACUGUCUGGUUUUACAAACCCACAUUCUAGGAUCUCCCCUCCAGUCCCAUCCCCUCUUCUGUUGCCCUGGUUUUUCAAGCAUCACCCCAGGGAAGCCAAGGGAGAAUAGCAGGGAGCCAGUGGGCAGUACUCACCAUUCUGCACCCCUCCCCCUGCCUCUGCUGCCUGUUCGGGCAGGGCUGCCUGAGGGGAGCCAGGCUUUUGAGGCAGUUGGAAAAGAGCAUUCCCCACUCUCUUCCAGUUGGGUGGUUGGUCGGCCACCAAGGGAAUGGGGGAAAUGGGGCAAAGCAUGUCCUCCAGUGCAGGCCAAGGGGGAAGGAGUGCAGCACUGCCAUCAAAGGCAGUGAAAGCAAGGAAAAAGGAGAUGGAGGAUGGUGGUGGUCAGAGGAGCCCUGCCACCCAUCCCCCAGUCUUUUGGUUACCGGAUCAGGUUGCUGCCCUUGGUUUCACCCAGGCCCCAUCCUUUAGCUGCUCCUGGCCAGGAACAGGGCUGCCACUGGCCUUGGAACUGGGAGGGUGAUGGGGUGGGCUGGUGUUUCCCCUGUGGAGUGCCUGAGAAUACUGUUUCCGUGCCGCGUGGUCACCAACAUUUCAAUAUGUGUGUGUGUGUAUGUGCACAUGUGUGUGUGUCUGGGGUGGGGUGGGGGGGUUAUUUCAGGGCUCUCAUGGUUGCUCAAUGCAGUGUUCAGCUUGCAGUGCUCCCCCCUUACCCCAAGUCCCACUUUGUGCUUUGGGCAACAGCCACCCCCGCCCCUGGGGGAGGCGAAGCUGGCAGGAGGGACAGCCCUGCCACCCAGCAUUCCCCCCAGGCAGGGUCUCUGCCAGCGCUGGGGUGGCUCAGCCUGCUGGGGAGGACGUGGCAGGGAUGGGGUGCAGCCUUUGUGCCAAGUGGGAACACUGUGACCUUUGUGCACCCUGAAGACCUACCCCUCUCCCUCGCUGGCUUGUGCGCUUUCUCUAAUGCACGUUCAUGACGGGGGCCCCUGACGCGCACCUGUGGUGGGACAUUUCUUUUGUAAAGCUGAUCGUGAACAAUAAACGUGAUGUUUUCUGUUCGA